CCCUAACCCUAAAACCCCCUUAAACCCUAAUGGAGGAGGACAAGAAUUUGCGAGCGCGCCUCGGGGACGAUGGACUCACCGUGAUCAAUGCGGCCGAGAAAGGGCGAUGCCUCGUCGCGGAUCGCGAUUUCUAUGCGGGCCAGACAGUGCUGGAGCAAGAUCCUUACGUCGCUGUGCUCGACGGCGAUUCCAGAGGCAACAGAUGCGAUGCGUGUUUCAAGCAAUCUCCAGCGCUGAAGCGCUGCUCGGCUUGCAAAUUCGUGUUUUAUUGCUCUCCUACUUGCCAGAGAUCGCAAUGGAAGAUCCAUCAGGAAGAAUGUAAGGUUUUGGUUCGGUUGAGCACGGAACAAAAGCGGCCUACCUUGCUGCUAAUGCUUCGUCUUCUCGUCAAACGAGAACUCCAAGCUACUGGUGUUCUUCCAGUUACUGCUCUGGAUAACUAUGAGAUUGUCCGGGCUUUGCCAACUCAUUUUUCCGAGACUGGAGAUGAGAGGCUCGUUAUGUACGCUCAAAUGGCUGUCCUGAUAAAGACUAUCUUGAAUGCCAGAUAUGCUGAGGAUGUGAAGGAGAUCACGAAGGAUAUUUGCAGAAUUUCAUGCAAUGGUCAUACGAUUUGCGACGACGAGCUGCGUCCUGUUGGUAUUGGACUUUUUCCUGUGGUGUCUGUAAUCAAUCACAGCUGCUCUUCAAAUUCUUUGCUCUUGUUUGAUGGCAAACACGCGGUCGUCAGAGCUCUCGGAACCAUCAGCAGAGGUUGUGAGGUGACUGUGAGCUACAUUGAACUGGGAGCGAGUACAAAUUCCCGUCGAGAAGCUCUUUCUGACCAAUACUAUUUUCAUUGCAAGUGUCCGAGAUGCACCGAUGACUCCGAAGAUGGCCUUUACAAAGACGACGUGCUCGAAGCCGUGGCUUGUCUGGAUCCAGCCUGCGAAAGCUUUAUGCGUCUGUCCAAUGGUUCGUGGAGAUGCAUGUCGUGUGGUUCUAGUCGAGAGCCAAAUGAAGUGAACAAACUUUCAACCGAAGCAGAGGGUAUGAUUGAGAAGGCUAACCGUCUCCAAGCCGCUGGCGAUCUUCAUGGCGCGAGGAUGGCCUUUCAACAGGCAGAGAAGUUACAGACAGAGUUGUGGAAUCCUCGAUCAGUGAAACUGAUGAGAACACGCGACCUGCUGCUUAGAGUAUAUCUCUCUCUGGAAGAUUGGGACUUGGCACUACAUGUUUGCCGGCUUACUCUUCCUGCUUAUGAGACGGCAUAUCCUGGAAGCAAACAUCCAUUGCUUGGGCUGCAAUACUACACACUUGGGAAGCUUGAAAUGCACGCUGGCAGUGUCACAGAAGCCGUGAGAGCUUACGCAAAAGCGUUCGAUAUCCUCAGCGUCACUCAUGGCUCCAGAGGCGAGUUUGUAAGAAAGCUGCGCAAUGAAUUAGACCAAGCGAAGAUGGUGGCCUCGUCAUUGCAUGCUACUUCACCUCGGGAACGAUCCUGACGAUGAUUUCCUCAACACGUCGGUAUAAGUGCGUUAUGCCCGAAGGCUUUUGGAAGUGAUCCCAACGAUGGAGUCACUGGACUGGAAACGUCCAUCAGGAGAAUGUAAGUAGCUGAGCUCUAGUGAUUCCGUUUUGAUGCCACUUCGGAUAAAAAGGAGUUUGAUAUAUCUUUUAGUUGCUGAUGUUAUGAUAUUAGAAGUCAUUUUUGUAUAAUGAAAUAAUCAUUGCUUGAGAAGUUAAA